GCGUCGUGCCGUGUGCCGCUGUCUCGGCUCACUUGUGUCUUCUGGCGGCCAUGGACGCGCUUUUUGACCGCUUUCACAACUUCAUCUUACCGCUCGUGCGAGGCGAGGACGGAGUCUGCGGCUGCACCUGCGGGAGUCAUCAAGUAUAUCAUGUUGUUCCAUAUAAUGGGGCCCAGUCCAUGGUGGAUUCCAGAGAAAACAAGGUUUUAAGUGACAUCAUGACCUGGCAGGAGAUGAACGUGGUAGUUGGACUGCUCUUGGGCUUCUGCAUCAGCUUCUUCUUGCAGUGGCUGGAAAGGAUUUGGCACUCACGGCUCAAAUAUACAGAGAACCAAAUGAGUGGUGUAGGUUUCUGGUCAUGGAUGCCCACAUUCAGCAAUAUAAAGGAGUUGGUGAGGCAGUACAUCCACAACGCAUGAGACUCCAGGGGGAACAUGCUGCACAUCAAUCAAGAUGUGAACCAUAACGUUAAUGACACAUGA